AUGGCAGACUCGAUUGUGGAGUUGUGUGAAAACAUGUCUUUGAUGGAAGGUGAGCAAGUUGGGCUUUGUAUCCAUGAGGAUGAUACUGCUGAUCUUAGGAUGAUGGGGGGGAAGUGUUUAGUUGGGCGAUUGUUAACUGAGCGCGGGGUUCAGAAGGAUGCUUUUCGCAUCUCGAUGGCUAAGCUGUGGAGAGCGAUAGGGAGUGUAAUCUUUAAGGAACUUGAUGAUAAUCUCUGGCUUUUUGAAUUUGCAUCAGACAGAGAUAAAAGCAGGGUGGAGGAGGGACGACCAUGGCUGUUUGAUAGAAGUGUGUUGGUGCUCCGGGAUGUGGAUGAUCAUAUUCCUCCGACUGAGAUGAUUUUUCACCAUUCUCCCAUUUGGGUCCAAGUGCACAAUAUGCCUUUAGCAUGCAUGAACCGGGCAGUUGGGUUUCAGAUAGGUGGAUCGAUGGGGGUUGUGGAAGAAGUUGAUGUUACGGGGGACGGAGUCGGGUGGGGACGCUGUCUUCGUAUUAGAGUGGCUAUCGAUCUGACAAAGCAGCUUGAUAGGGGGAGAGCUUUAAUUAUACAAGGAAAAUCUAUUUGGGUGAAGUUUCGUUAUGAGAAACUCCCCUCGUUCUGCCAUUUUUGUGGUAGAAUUUACCAUGGUAGGAUCAUCUGUGAGAAAAAGCAGGGAUUCCGGAUGAAUGAUGAUGAUGUUAGGAAAUAG